AUGGAGAGGCCGAAUUUGAGCCCGGAGGCGAUGACUUUAGAGGCUGACUCAAAGGCAGCAUUUCCAGCGGAGAAAAAACCGGACUACAAGGUUCCAAAGCCGAAGGAGAACCGUUUCAGGGAGUCCAGACACGUCAUUCCCAUGCACAGACGUGAUCUUCUUUACCGACUGGAUCUGCAGAAUUUCACUCGUGAGCUUUUCUGCCUCUACGACGAGCUUUUCUGCCUCUACGACGAACCGAAGAAGGGGAGGUCCGGAGAAGGAAGAAGAACAGAACAAGAUCGAGCUGCUUGUUCAAAUGGCAACUAUCCUCGAGUCAGAUGCCAUGUUAAACGUACAGGAGGCGUACGACUCAACGUGACUCAUGGUACCCAUAGUUUCUUAUCCGAAUUUUUAGCCAUCCUCGGAGAAAACUUUCCUUUCAUUGUUCUUGGCAACAAGGUCGAUGUCGAUGGAGGGAACAGUAGAGUGGUUUCCGAGGAGAAAGCCAAGGUCUGGUGUGCUUCCAAGGGAAACAUUCCAUACUUUGAGGCGUCUGCCAAGGAAGACUACAACGUGGAGGCUGCGUUUCAAUGCAUUGCCAAGAAUGCCUUGAGGAGCGAACCCAAGGAACACUUCUAUCUUCCAGAGACGAUCGACAUUACAAAUAACAAUUGAUCUACUACUACUGUCCCUCUAUCGAUAAGUGUUUUCGCUUUCAAUUUAUAUGGUUUUUUUCUUUCUUUUUCUUGUCACUCUCUCCUUUCGCUCGUUGGCCUUGGAUUUUUUAACUUCUCAAAUACGUUUU